CCGCAACCCCGCGCCUGCGCACUGGCCGCCGGGACGCAGCGAUGGCGGCCGCGGUGGUGGCGGCCCCCGAAGUACUUCGGGAAUGCGGCUGUAAGGGCAUCCGGACCUGUCUGAUCUGCGAGCGGCAGCGGGGAGGUGACCCACCCUGGCAGCACUCCCCACAGGACUAUGGUCCCAAAGUCAACUUUCGGAAACAAAAGCUCAAGACUGCUGGCUUCCAAGGCCUCCCCAGCUUCAGCCGGGAGAUAGUGCGGAGAAUGGGCCUCUACCCCAUCCUGGAGGACUUCCGGCCCGUGGAGCAGUGUAACCUGGACUACUGCCCAGAACGGGGCUCAGCCAUCGAUCCCCACCUGGAUGACACCUGGCUGUGGGGGGAGCGGCUAGUGAGCCUCAACCUCCUGUCCCCCACCGUGCUGUCCAUGUCCCGGGAGGCGCCCGGCAGCCUACUGCUCUGCCUGGCCCCAUCCGGCUUCCCGGAAGCUCUGGAAGGUGUGAUGGCCCCUAGUAGGUCCGUCUUGUGCCAGGAGGUGGAGGUGGCCGUCCCCUUACCCCGCCGCUCUCUGCUUGUGCUCACCGGAGCCGCACGGCACCAGUGGAAGCAUGCCAUCCACCGCAGACAUGUCGAGGCCCGCCGUGUGUGUGCCACCUUCAGGGAGCUGUCGGCCGAAUUCUGUCCUGGUGGGAGGCAGCAAGAACUUGGGCAGGAGCUCCUGCAAAUCUCUCUCUCCUUUCAGGGGAGACCCAUGUGAGCCGCCUUCCUGGGGACAGGAGCUGGCACUGGGCCUGGCCCGGGGUGCCGGCUCCAGACUUGACCCUUUGCCAGGCUUGAAGGGGGAGCCCAGCACAAGUGUCUUCCUUCCCAGCUCAUUAGGUUUUCCAGAGAAGACUGCUGACACCCUGACGCCAUGGCAGCAUGAGCCCUGCCGGGAACUGGUUUUGAUGGGGAUGUGUCUCAGGUCAGUCCCCUUUGAGCUGCACUAUGGCCACUUGUUUGGGUUAAUUUGUCACAGUUUGACGAAGUGGCAUAAUUUGAGUUUUAAAAACUUUGGAAUCACUUAAAACCAUUUUCUCCUUUA